UAUCAGUGAACUAACGGUACAUUAUACAGGCAGACGAGUGAACAUGAAUCCUAAACAUGGAUCAGUCAUUUGUAAACGCCAAUGGACAGGGGAUAAGACAAUGACGUCGGCGGGUUACAGAUACUUGGACAAAAUCAACUGAACUCCGAAACAACCGUUUUUAAAGGCGUUCUAACUUCUGUUGUGAAUAUAUUGAUUCAGCUCACAUUCAGGAUGAAGAUUUCAAUCAUGUUUGAUACGCUUAAUUUGUGUAGAUACCGUGCCUAAUGCAUCUACUGUAUUUCUUAUUGGGAAAUAUUAACGAUAGCCUAUAAUGUGACUAAAUAUUUGUUUAAAAUGAGUAACAACACUGUGGCCGGGAGGAUUAUGAUCCCGACUAUACCGUCCAUCAUGUUUAUUUUCGGGGUGGUGGGAAAUGUCAUUGCCAUCGUGGUGCUCUGCAAGUCCAGGAAAGAGCAGAAGGAGACCACGUUCUACACGCUGGUAUGCGGUCUGGCGGUUACCGACCUUUUGGGGACACUACUGGCCAGUCCAGUCACCAUCGCAACCUAUGUGAAAGGCUCGUGGCCAGGAGGGGAACCACUGUGCCAGUAUUUUGGAUUCAUCAUGCUUUUCUUCUCUCUAGCGGGUCUCAGCAUUAUAUGCGCCAUGUCCGUGGAGAGAUACUUGGCGAUAAACCACGCGUAUUUCUACAACGACUAUGUGGAUCAGAGACUGGCGGGCAUGACGCUUCUGGCUAUCUACAUCUCCAACGUGCUUUUCUGCGCUCUACCUAGCAUGGGUCUGGGACAAGUCAAAAAGCAGUACCCACAAACCUGGUGCUUCAUAGAGUGGCGGAGCAACGUGAGUACCGAUGCCGCCUUUUCAUAUAUGUACGCGGGGUUCAGUUCGAUUCUAAUUCUAGCCACAGUGAUCUGUAACGUUCUGGUAUGCGGUGCUCUGAUUCGGAUGCACCGGCGGUUUGUUCGGAAGAUGUCAUUGUGGACAGACCCUGGACGAAACACUGACCGGAGAAGGAGACGCAGCUUCGGGCAUCUGGCCGGCGCAGAGAUCCAGAUGGUAAUUGUACUCAUUUGCACCUCAGCGGUGGUGCUUAUAUGCUCCAUUCCACUUGUUGUGCAAGUGUUUCUGAACCAGAUUUAUAAGACUCCGGUGGAGCUGAGACUGGAGAAGAACCCAGAUCUACGGGCGAUCCGCUUCGCCUCCUUCAACCCCAUCCUGGACCCCUGGAUCUACAUCCUCCUCCGCAAGGCAGUGCUCCUCAAGCUCACUGAGCAGAUCAAGUGUCUGUUCUGUAAGAUAGGAGCACGGAGGCAGCAGAGACAGGGAGCACAGAACGGCCACUGCAUUGAUGAACACCAGCUCCACUCCAUCAUCUCUUCACAAGAGUUCCCGUCAUUGGUGUCCCGCGAGCUGAAGGAGGUGUCCAGCACCUCUCAGGUCGUCCUCUAUCUUCCUGAUGGAAGCUGUCAUCACACAGGAGAGCAGGUUGGGCUCCGCAAUUCCUCUGUCCAAGACCCCCAAAGUUCUUAUUUGUCAGAACAGAGAAGUACACAGGAUGGGAGGAAAGAGGUGAUAAACCUAACCAGGGACCACUCUGGUGUGGGAGAAAAGACCAGGCUCUUCAUGUGUUGCUAAGUAAUGAGACAGUACAGGAGAAAUGCAUAUAGAUCUUGUUUAUUUGGAAUCACAUGAACAGUUACUUCAACAGCUUCUCUAAGACUCCUCAUAUUAUUGUGAAGUUUCUGUGAGUCAGAGGGAUGUCCACACAUACAUUGACGGCACUGCCUUCAGACUGCCCAAGAUGCCUUUUCAGACAGCUUCUGCUCUCCUAAGGGACUUAUUCGGUUAGCGGAAGUGUUAGUGCCAACAGAAAUAGAUUGGCUCCCAGGAUGACUCAUUUGACAUCCUCUAAAGAUGAGAAAUGGCACAUUUAAACAAUGUUGAAAAGCUUUUGGUAAGCCAGACAGGAGGAAGGACAAACAAGAGAGAGACAACUGUGAGAGAGAGAGAGAGAGAGAGAGGAUGUCUGCUCCACUUUGAUGUCAAGCUACCUCGACCAGAAACAUCAAUGUUUGUUUGUUUUUCCUGUCUUUUCGCACAGGUCAGGGAGCAAGGCUGUAAGAGCAGAGCAGCUUCUCCAUGGCCUAAAGGGGCAUUGGCUGUACACUGUAGCUAAACAGUUUAAACACUAGCUUCUUUCAAUCAUUGUGCAAACUGUGAGUUAGUAUUUAGAGUAUUUAAGCUACAAUGAUUGAGAAGUACAGAAUAGUUAUUAUGAUUGAUUGUAAAGGAAUGUAGUAUAGGGCCUGCCACUACGUGCCACACUGCCAUGAUAACACCAAGGAAAAGUCAGUUCUCACAAAACUAUUUGUCUGUAGAAGGUUUGCUGUUCAGAGAUACACUUCGCUUGACUGUUUUGCAUCACAUAAUAGCUUUAGAGUUAAUGUAUAGUGCAGUAUUGUGUGUAAUAACAUUAUCCAUGUGUCGUCCUUCAGGUGAGGAGUAUGUCAAAUUGCGAAUUAGAAGGCUUUUUAGAAUGCCUUAGUCAUGGAAUGAGUUGUGCCAACAUGCGGGGUAGUUUGCCUAACUCUGUAUAUGUAUUUCUAUUACUCUGGUACCAGUUUUUGAAUGUUUAUCAGAGAUUCACCAAAGUAUUGUCAUUGUCAUUAUUUAGUGACUUACGCAAAUCAGCCUGGUCUCAUAUACUAGUAUACAUAAAUCAGGGACACCAGAUUCGUAUUACAUGGUACGUUUGGUAUGAUUACAUAAGACAGAAGGUUACUUAAGGAAAAAUGAAAGGAGGGCGGUUAGUCGGCAUGUAACGCAAACGUCUAGCGCGAACGUCUAGCAACCCAACGGUUGCGUGUGCGAAUCUCAUCAUGGACAACUUUAGCAUUUUAGAUAAUUAGCAACUUUGCAACUACUUAGUAUGUUAGUUAACCUUUCCCCUAACCCUAACUUUAACCCUUUAACCUAACUCAUAAGCUUAACCCCUAGCCUAGCUAACAUUAGCCAGCUACCUAACGUUAGCCACAACAAAUUGGAAUUUGUAACAUUUCAUACGUUUUGCAAAUUCAUAACAUAUUGUACAUUUCUUAAUUCGUAACAUAUCACAUGAAAUGGAUGAUGGACAUCCACAAAUUAAUACAUACCAUACGAAACAUAUCAUACUAAAUGGAGUGUCUCGGAUUUAUGUACAGAAUAAUACGAAAUGCUCUGAGAUCAGGUUGAUGCAAUUUCUUCUCUGUGAGAAGUUUCAAGUUAUUCAAUCCCGCCAUGAAAUGUUACAAUAGCAUAAUAUGAAAGGUCCUUAUCAAUUUUGAAAUAUUAUGUUCUGCCAUAUCUGUAAACCCCAUAAAAUGACAGACUUUUUCGUUUUAAAUCCAAUAUGCUUAUGUUGUGUCCACCCCAUAGAAUAUUAAUUUAAGCAAUACAUUCUAAAAAUGAAUUCAAUUGAUUAACAGUAAUUGAGACCCACCUUUUGGCUUCAAGGAUUUGUGCAUGACUCCAUUUCCUUUGGACCACCUAUGAGACUGAACGUGUGUAUGUGCAAAACAUCACGCACAUGAGUUAGUGCCAGGCAGUGUGUGUGUGUGUCAUUAAACUACAUGUCAUCUAAGAACAAA